GCCUGCCGCACAUCCUUUCACGGCAUAUAUACAUAACUAGUACUUCGGAGCAUGCGCUGUGCGUCUCUGUGCUUCACCCUGUCGCCUUUCUUCGUCAGCCACCGCCAACUUGGCACCCUUAACCUUGCGAGCCUGACGUUUCAGCAGCUAUUGGAGCGAGCUGAGACCUGCGAGGCCAGCAGGCAGGCAGCGGUAUCACGCCUCACCGCAUGGCCUGCCCAGGUCCACCAAACAAAGCACGAACCAGCACGCAACUUUGGCAGCAAUCCACGCCCAAGCCCAAGUCCGGGCAACCAGCCAUGCUUCGCCAACUCGGCACCUACGGUUCAGAAAGUUGUAGAAAAUGAUAACGCAGCCGAGUUGAGGGCUGCGAGCACUGCUACUGCUGACUGUGAUGGUGUAGCCGUAGCUGAAGCUGUAGCCACAGCACAUGCGGAGGCUGCUACAGCCCAGCCGGUGCUAGGCAGAAACCUAGCCGUGGCUGGCGGAUCGAAUGGAUCGGGGCUGGAUCCAGCCGGGUCAGAUUUAGAUCUAGAGCUGAGGCAGAAGCAGAAUAUCUUGAAACCUGAAGAGGCGAUGGCUGCCGCCCAGGAGCUGCUGCGGCUGUGCGCGCAGCUGGGAGCGACCGACGAUGCGAUGGAGAUUAUUGCUGCUUUGGAACGGCGCGGUUUGAAGCCCGACUCCGACACCUUUGCACAGCUGAACGACGUCUUCACCUACUUCCCACCGCCCAUGAAGUAAAGUACGGUAGCCGGCGUACGGC